AUGAGCAAAAAUGCAUUAAUAAGGCCCGUAGAUUUAACAAGUCAGCCGGCACCAUAUCAGGAAAGAAAUAAAAUUCUUCAUAAGCUGUUAGAAUUGAUGCAACGUUUGAGACCUAACACCAAAGGUAAUCUGGAGAAGCUAGCCAUUUAUAUGGAAUCAUGCGUAGCUAAAAAGAGUCCCUCUGGUCAAAGCUAUAGGUUUAAUAUGAGCGUUCUCUUUAGAGAUUUAAACAAAGCUAAAGGUGAUUUUUAUCAAAUAAAGAUCGCAGGUAAAUCAGUCCUUAAACGUAAAAUUGGUGAUCAAGUUACAAAUAUUGGCGAUGCUGACCCUAAUAUAACUGUUCCACAGAUAAUGGAAAAGUUAAAUAAGUUAAUACAUGAUAAAAAAUCUUUAGUAGAUAAUGGUUACAUAAUGGACGUGUUUGAUUAUCCAUCUGUAGAGAUAGUUUCCACUCAUGUAUCGUGUGAUAGAUGCAACAUGAAAUUUGAAAAGAAAAAAAUUAUGGAGAAGACUUUGUGUAAAUACCAUAUUUUAAAAAAACAAUAUGAUCGGGAAACUAAAACAACAACAUAUCCAUGUUGUGGGGAAUCAUCUACAUCCACUUCUUUGAUGAGAUUAGGAUGCAAAACUCAUUUACAUCAUGUCUUUAGAGGAUCUACUUACUCAGAACUUCGAGAAAUAUCUGUUUUCACGAGCACUGAAACAAUAGAUGGAGAUUCAAAUGUUUUAGCACUAGAUUGUGAAAUGGCAUUUACUUCGAAAGGUUACGAAAUGAUUCGUUUAACAAUUGUUGAUUUUUUCACUUCUCAAAUACUUCUUGAUGAAAUUGUAAAACCAUUAGGAGAAGUUAUCGAUUUAAAUACUCUUUUCAGCGGUGUUCGUGAUGAUGACUUUAUAAAUUCCAUUAGUUACGAAGAAUUGGUGGGUAGAAUUUUAAAUAAAGCUUUAAUUAACCGAAACAGUAUCUUAAUUGGUCAUGGCCUGGAAAAUGAUUUGAAUGUAAUGCGUAUAACCCAUAAGAAAAUUAUAGAUACCGCAAUUAUUUUCCAAAAAGGUAAAUUUAAAACAUCAUUAAAGAAUCUUUCUUUUGAAUAUUUAAGUAGAAGAAUCCAAACAGGUGAACAUGAUAGUUCAGAAGAUGCUAUAGCUACAAUGGAUAUAGUUAAGAAGAAAAUUGGUAUGUCAUUAACAAAAAGAGAUUGGCAUUAA